UUUAUUCAUUUCACUACCAAAGCCCGUUUAUUAAAAAGAUAAAAAGUAAGGGUAGGUAUUCCGGAAGCAUAGAGCUUCCCAAACACAGCCAUAGAGCCAUGCAUAGGCCCACAACAAAAAGAAACAGACACAAAAUAUGUAGAAAUAACAAAUUGUAAAAUUUGUUUUUUUACUAGGAAAUGUUUAAAUUUCACACACAUAUUGAAUUCUCUUUUACGGUAGGACAUGAAAACGUCGUUAUUUUGUGUUUGUUGUCAUUUUCUUACCCGAUAGCGUUUUUCGCUAUUUUGUAAAUUCUAGAUAUUUUAGUUUAUUUUUGUGACUUUUCAAAGAUGCACUGAAGUCGUAAAAUGAGUGAAUUUAUAUGAAAGCAUAAUUUGAUUUUUUUUUAAAUUGUGAAAACCUAUGAACAGCAUAUUGUUCUAUGCGUCGACUAAAUUUCAAAAUUGUACGUUCAGUAAUAUUUAAAUUACUGACAACAGAACUAAUAGCAGGUUAGAUUUUUUUUGUUCAUCUAUCUAUCUACUUACCUACCUGCCUGCCUGCUUGCCUUUCUGCCUGCCUGCCUGCCUACCAACCUCUCUCUCUCUCACACACUCUCUCCCUCACUCACUCUCCCUCCCUCCCUUCCUACCUAUCAACAGAGGCAAAACAUUAAUGGUCACAUGAUAAACUUGCAAUAGAGUAAAAAGUACGAAACAAAUGAGCAUGUAGUUUUUGUAUUUGAUGUCUUUUAUUUGCAAUAUUAUUUCUACCCUUUAAGGUUUAACACCGUUGUGAAUAUGUUAUAGGGUAUAUGAGUCAGUUUACUUUUAACUCAAGCGUGACAUUGUAGCAAAUUAUUACAAACAAACAAGAUAUAGGACGGUACGUGUGAUUUAUACAUUGAACGUUUUUAAUUCACGUAUAGAUUUAGACAUAUAUAUUUUCAUUGCAUUAUUAUUCCAUGCAAUGAUGGUUACUAAAACAACAAUUAAGAGACGGCUACGGAAAAUUCUUGUUGUUGUUGGCAGUCAUUUUGCUCAGAUGAUAUCAUCGGGAAUGAGUUUUUCUUUUGGGAUCUUAUACAGGGAAAUACGACUAGAGUUCGGCACGAGUCAGUCGGAUGCGGCGUGGACGGCAUCUAUGUUUAAUUCGUUACUUGGAUUUGUAGGAUUUCCACUUGGGGUGCUGACCCAGAGAACUGGAGAAAGAUGGGUUGCUGUAGCGGGUGCACUCCUACUGGCAACCGGUAUGCUGACCAGUAUGUUUGCAACAGAAAUGAGCACUAUUUACAUCACGUAUGGACUGAUCGCAGGUUUGGGUUCUGGAGUAAUACACUAUUGCGGAAAUACCAUUCUCGGGCCACACUUCAAUGACAAAUGGAGACCAGUAGCUAUGACGAUAGCAAAUGCAGGAGUUCCUUUGAGUUCUUUGAUUUUACCACCUGUCAUGACGGUUCUAAUUGAACAAUUCGAUUGGAGGAAAACGUUUAUGCUACUCGCCUGUAUAUCACUAAUCGGAAUACCAUCAGGCCUUGCUUUCUCUCCACCGGAGAUCGAGGCCAUCGAAGGAGAAGAUAGCAUGGUAAAAGAACCAUUUAAUUUAAAAACAUCUGUAAAAAAGCUAUUGAAGAAUACAAACUAUAUUCUGUACUUUGCCGCUUCGUUUUCCGCAUAUUUCGGACUGUUUGUUCCUGCAACAUUUCUACCAGAUCUUAUGUACGAAGCUAACAGAAGUUCCACUGAUGUAUAUAUUGUUGUGAUGGUUCUAGGGUCAACAGAUUUUCUUGGACGACUCCUGUUCGGAGCUAUUGCCCACAAAUUGCCAAGACUCAUACCAUUUAUUCAAAGUAUGGGUUUCCUGCUGUUCGGUCUAGGAACGGCAGUUAUCACCUUCGCAAAAUCGUUCUUGGCAUUUAUCAUAUUGGCAGCUGUUGUUGGUUUAGGAUCAGGUGGUUUUAGCGGAUUGCACUGUGUUAUGGCUGCACAUGUUGUUCCUGUGAACGAAAUGAGACUUGCCUACGGUCUUGUCAUAAGUGUAGGAGGGUUUCCAAUGUUGGCUGGUAUGCCUCUUGCAGGUUUAGUCACAGAUUCCUUUGGAAGUCAAAGAGGGGCAUACAUCUUUAGUGCAUGUCUUUUCGGUUUUGGAUCAUUUUUAACUUGUAUAAUAGGGAUCAGAGAAAUAUGUGGUCAUUCCAGGAGUUACGAAUUUGAAGAGCACGAGCUAAAAUACCGUGUAGAAAGUAAUGACAAAGAAAGUAUUCAGAAACAAGGUGUGAAAACUCAGUGUAUUGAAGAAAAUUAAAUAUAUAAAUUAUAAGAAUAAGUUAUUUUCUACAGACAAAAAUAGCAUAAUAGAACGCUUCAACAUUUCACCUUCUGAGAAUGAUACUGAGUGGUUUCUAUGGACAUUGUACACUUUAUAUACCGGAAUGAUUGCAGAUAAUUUUAUUUAGUGCUAUUAUCAUUUAAAAAUAGAAGAAAAAACAUCGACAUUUUUAUUCGUCAAAAAAAAAUUCUUUCAACAUUGUUCAUUAUAUCUAUUUUUUUGGAAGAGUUCGGACAGUUUUCAGAUAAUAGUUAGAGAUGUGACCGCUAAGGACAAUUAUUCUUGCCUUAGGUAGAUUAUUUAUAGAUAUCACGAUAUUUAUGAAUAUGUCUAUAAGUGCGAAGUGCAAAGCGUGUUAAAACUUGGAAAAGAAAAAAAUAAAAUAUGUUUUCAAAGUUAUUUUUCAACUGAGGUAUUUAGAAGGGUCUCGAAAAUUAAUUUUCUCGACACCGUAGUUGCGGGUAGUUUCUCUGACUUACAUCAUUAAUGUAAUUUUGUCAUAUAUAAACAAAAGUAACGAUAAUUUAACAACAAAGUACUCCAUUGUAAAGACUGAAUGAUCUUCUUCUUCUUCUUGGCGUUCACAAGGCUGAAUAAACUGAUACAUUUUACAAAUACAGUCUGUUGAAUUUGACCAUUGGAAAAUCCAUCCAUUAUCAGUUUUCAACUUGCAUAUAAACGAUGACAACAGUUCUAUUACAAACUUCAAGGACUCCCUAGUAGCAAUGGGCCUGGAAGAACACGUUGAUUUCAGUACUCAUACAGGAGGACAUAGCUUUGAUCUAGUCAUAACUGAGUCACUUAAUUGUGUUCAUGUAGAGAAAUGUGAUCCUGGACCAUUUUUAUCUGAUCACUGUGUUGUUCUCUUAGAUGUUAAAAAAGAGACUAUUACUAGUAGGAGCGUGUCAUUUAGAAACUUUAAAAACUUGAAAGAAUCAAAAUUUUCCAGCGACCUGUGCGAACGUUGAUUCACAGAAUAUAGACAAAUUUGUGAAAGAGUUUGAAUCGGAAAUAGAGGAUGUCCUGAAUAAGCACGCUUCCCUAAAAGAAAAAAAACUAUAAUUCAGAGAGCACCCAAACCGUGGUUCUAUAAAAAUUGCAACUUUUAAAGCAACAAGUUAGAAAGUCCGAGCGUACAUCGAGGCGUUAUGGUAAAACAGAUCAGUUUGAGUCGUAUAAAUAAGUAAGAAAUUAAUACAAUUUUGAAAUCAAACGUCAAAAGAGAAACACACUCAGUGAAAAGAUAGAAAACGCUACAGGUGAUUCAAAGACAUAGUAUGGAUUCGUAUCUGAGCAAACUGGUACCAAAUAUGAAAACCCACUGCCUCAAGGAGAGUCUAAUAAUUCAUUGGCCGAAAAAUGUGCUGAAUUUUUCAUGGCAAAAAUCUCAAAAAAAUACGUCAAUCCCUAAGUGAUUACCAAACCUUUGAACCUCAAGUAAAGGUAUACAAAAUUUAAACAAAUUUGCUGAAUUGACUCAAGAUGAAAUGAAAAAUCUCAUCAAUAAAUUUAACACUACGUCUUCAGAGUUAGAUAUUUUGCCAACACGUAUUUUGAAAUCACAUGUAGAUGAACUUCUCUCUAGUAUCACUAAAUUGGUGAAUCUCUCAUUACAACAAGGUGGUUUCCUUGUGGAAUACAAACAAGCAACUGUUAGACGGUCUUGAACUAGAGCUUUCCAAUUAUCGUCCUGUGAGUAAUUUAUCAUUUCUAUCAAAACUUAUUGAGAAAGCUGUUCUUUACAGAUUAAAAACACAUGUAAUUCAAAACAGUAUUUUGCCUAAGAACCAGUCUGCAUACAGGAAAUACCAUUCCUGUGAAUCUGCGCUACUUCGAUUGGUCAAUGAUCUUAUAAGUGGUAUGGAGAAAAAGGAAGUCACGGCCCUUAUUGCGAUUGACUUAAGUGCGGCAUUUGACACUGUCGACCAUGACAUUCUUCUAGAUGCCCUAAAAGCACAAUAUGGCGUCUGUGAUACAGCUCUUCAAUGGGUAGACUCUUAUUUAAGGCCUCGUACUUGUAAGAUUAAUAUCAACAAGGUCUAUUCAUCAGACCGCCAUCUUGAAUGCAGUGUGCCCCAGGGCAGUUGCCUUGCUCCGUGGCUAUAUCUCACCUAUGCUGGAACUCUUUUUGAUGUCAUUCCAAAAUCCAUAUCAGUCUACGGUUUUGCUGAUGAUCAUAUAGCAAAUAAAAGCUUUCAUCCUACAUCUGUUUCUGUAGAAUCACAAGUGAUUUGAGACCUUGAAAGAUGCGCAGUUAUAAUCAAUGACUGGAUGAAUAGAAACAAACUGAAAAUGAACACUUCCAAAACUGAAUUUAUUAUGUUUGGUAUUGAACAAAUGUUUUACAAAUUCCAUUAACAUUGCUGGUGAUGAUGUCAAACGUGAAAGCACAAUUAGAUAUCUCGGUGCAUUUCUUGACGAAACCUUGAACUUUAAAGAUCAUGUAAAUCGCAAAUGUUGUACAGCCAUGUUGAAUGACGUACGAAUAAGAACAUCCGAAAAUACUUAACAAAAGCAGCCACUGAAAUUUUAGUUUUGUCUCUAGUUUUUCACAUCUGGAUUUUUGCAAUGUCAUACUGUAUGGUGUAGCUAACUGUGAGGUGCGUAAGAUGCAACGUAUUCAAAACAUGUGCGCAAAACUUGUCCUUAACAGGAGGAAAUUUGACAGU